GAAGAAAGAGGAGUUAGUGAUGCGUCGGUGUCAGUGACGGUGUCGGUGAGCGGCGCUCGGUGUCCACGCACGUUAAAGUGACGGGACAGCGGAUGUUGGACGGUCACGUGACUCGGACUCGGACAACGAUGGAGCUUUUUCUUGUCCUCGUGUCUCUUCUUUUCGUGACUCGCUGUGGAAAAACAACUGCUGAGGAAAGCGCUCCAGUCGUCAUCAACAUGGUGGUGAGAGAAGGGGACGAUGCAGUUUUAAGCUGUUCCUUGGGCAGCAGGAGCAUCAAGCAGGAGCUGUUUGACUGGAAGAAGGACGGUCAGAAGGAGGUGUUCAUGUACAAUCGGGGCACUCACUACAACAACAACCCCACAAACCAAGACCCCGACUUCAGAGGACGAGUCUUUCAUUUUGCACAGCAGCUGGAUGUCGGUAACGCCUCUGUAGUUAUCAGACCAACAAAGGUGACUGACAGUGGAAGCUACACCUGUGAUUUUCCCUUUCAUCAGCCACGCAGAAGAUCACACAUUGUUCUUGUUGUUGGUGCAGCUCCAAAGCCAUUUAUCAGGGCACUAGGUGAAAAUGAGGAUGGGAUUCAGCUUCAGUGUGAAGUUCUUGGGGCUUUUCCAAAACCAGUUGUCCAGUGGCAGGACAGAGCUGGAAACAUUAUUCCUGCAGAAAAACCACAGGUUUCUGAAAGAGGAGGCAGCUACGACAUCAUCCUUCAAACUACUGUGACCAAGACUGACUACUAUCAGUGUGUUGCCACACAGGAGGAAAUCAAACACCGGGUUUCUGAGGAGACGUAUGUGUCUAUUCCUGUCCCAGGUGCAGCUCCAAAGCCGUACAUCAUAACACUCAGUGAAACAGAUAAUGGAGUUCAGCUUCAGUGUGAAGUUCUUGGAGCUUUUCCAAAACCAGUUGUCCAGUGGAAGGACAGAGCUGGAAACAUUGUUCCUGCUGAAGAACCACAGGUUUCUGAAAGAAGAGGCAGCUACGACGUCAUCCUUCAAACUACUGUGACCAAGACUGACUACUAUCAGUGUGUCGCCACACAGAAGGAAAUCAAACACCGGGUUUAUACUGAAACACUUGUGCUUGUUCCUGUUCCUGGUGCAUCUCCAGAGCCAAUCGUCAAGAUACUUGCUGAAACAGACAAAGGUGUUCAGGUGCACUGUGCUGUUAAAGGAGCUUUUCCAAAACCAGUUGUCCAGUGGAAGGACAGAGCUGGAAACAUUGUUCCUGCUGAAGAACCACAGGUUUCUGAAAGAAGAGGCAGCUACGACGUCAUCCUUCAAACUACUGUGACCAAGACUGACUACUAUCAGUGUGUCGCCACACAGAAGGAAAUCGAACACCGGGUUUAUACUGAGACACUUGUGCCUGUUCAUGUUCCUGGCAAUCGCUCUGGAUGGAUUGUUGUGGAUUUUUGGAGGGGCUUUUGCUUGUUGUUCUUCUGGUUGUUCUUCUGGUUAUAAAUCGCCAAAAAACAAAUAAAGGGUGAAUGCAACGGUGGUGAUGUGAUGUGAUUUUACCUCUGCAUGUUAUGGAACAUAAAGAUAUGGCAUUAUCACCAGUGAUGGGAGUAUGAGUAAUGAGUGACCAUGAACACCAAAGGAGACGAAGACGGUGCUACGCAAUCAAAACAACUCAAGCUUUUUUUUCAGCCCCACACGUUUGUCUCAAACAGAGUUUAACAAACUGGUAGCCAGGUAUGUUUGACUCACUUUGUCCCACAGCAACAUUAAAAUAGUUUACAUUUAUGUAAA